CUAGAUUGUAGGUUUGUAAUUCAUGUAGACAGGAGACUUUGGAACUUAAUUGCCGCCGACGGACAGACGAUCCAUGCGAUAUUGAUUUGCAACAAUUGCAAUAUUUAUUGGAAUCGUGAUGUCAACGCGGCGAAGAAUACGUUUAGGCAUCUCUGAAGCCAUCGAGGCGGGAGAGAGAAGGCCUGUUGAGUUCAGAUCUCAUCCUCGGACCACUUGAAGCGCCAUCUCCAAUAUGGUUGUCUCUCCUUGCCGAGAGACAAAAAGAUUCUACAGACUGUAUAGUUGGAAGCUCUUGAUCCCAUUCUUUGGCUCCUAAUGAGCUUUAUUGAGCGUAGCCGCUGUCUUAGUUGGAGACUGGGCUGGCUCCCCAACAACUACUCAGCCCAUUGCCUAUUACACCCUCUAUGCACACUCACUAAAGCCCACGCCAUUGAAUGUCUACAAAUGCAU